AUGCUUAAGAGUGAGCUUAAUACUAAAGGCCCUGACUUUGUUAGCCGAGAUCUAUUGAUCUGCAUCAGGUUGCUAUCCCGAUACUUGUUAAUGGAAAAUCUUCCAAAUAUGGUUGCUGUGAUUUGGUCUGAAGAUAGUAAUUCACAACUGGAAGCAACAAAUCUCUUGAGGAGACUGAUUUCUAUCGGUGUAAAAAAUCCUCCUAUCAAUGAUGUUGUACAAUAUGGUGUUGUUCUUCGUGUUGUGAAGUUUCUUUCUAGAACUUCAGGCAGCUUGGGCUCACCAAUAUUGCUUCAGGGACAUCAGAGCACACUAAUGUUAUCGUUGAAAGUGGUGCUAUUCCGAGCAUUUGAAAACUUCGUACAGCUCGUUCUUGAUCUCGCCAUAUCAGUCCUUAAGUUCUUGUUCGUUCUGAUAUUGGUGGUUUCUUCCAUCAGUGAAAUGUCUUAUUGUGCUCAUGAGAGGAGACUUGCUUUAGUCCCGUUUCCGUUAGUCAUCGGUAUAGUUGUUGCAGUGCAGGGAUACUACAAGAAACCGCAUUGA